AUCAAUUAAUAGAUUUGAUUAACGUUACAUUGUUUUUAAACAUUUCGAUUUUUCGUACAUGCAAUUUAUAUAAUAAGAAAUACUCAGCAAGUCAAAUACUAUUUCCAUAUGUUUAAAUUAUUCUUAGUGCUGGCUUCUUUGAAUUUUUAAGUUUAAGUCUUUUGUUGAUCAAAGUGACGUAAGUAAUAAAGAUUUAUGCCAACACAUACAAAGUGACAGUUGGUAAUUGUAAUAUGUCGAUAUUUAGCUUUUAAAACGAUAACCUUUAUCACGUUAAUUGAUAAUUAAAAGUUUAACAUAUAUAUCAUGCAUACAGAUCUUAUGAAUUAAUUUAAAUAGUAUGAGCUUUACCAGAAAGGCCCGUUCUUGCUCUCAAGAGUGAAUGACCUUCGUCUCGAAGACCAAACGUACGUCAUAAGUGCGGACAAUAGAAUGAAAGGUGUAAAUCUGCGAUAUAAAAGAAGUUGCGAAUACGCAUGCGCGACUUUCGCGCAAGAAUUUCUUUUUGUAAAUAUAUAUUCUUAAAUAACACCAAUUUUCUUAAAUAACACUCUGAAAUUACUCCGCUAUCAAAUAUCGAUCGCAUAAUUAGGGAUUUUAUUGCGAGAAAUACUGUUAAACUGUGGAUAUUUUAUUUUUGCUACGUUCUAUAGUUGUAUCGGCUUUGUAUUAUACGAAAUUAUAUGCAAUUUGUGCUAAAAUUUACACCAGAAGAAAAAAGGAAUAAAAUACCUGGUCGAUUAAUCGAUAAAGAAGGGGAUGUGUACACUUACGUUACUUCACUAUCAUAUGCAUUCCAGACAUCGCAAGAAUAUGAUCCGUCUCGAGACUCAGUAUUUUAAUCUGAAUAGGAUUCUUUUGCUAGCUAUUGGCCUAUGGCCUUAUAAACAAUCGAACUUUACUCGACUUCAAUUCAUUUUCUUGUCUACUAUUUUAACGACUAGUCUUAUAUUUCAGUGUACAUCACUUAUUUCACAAAAAUGUACUCCGGAUUUCGUCGUCAAAGUUUUAUCUUCCGCAUCUUUCUUUGCUCUCUUUGUGAUAAAAUAUAACAUGUUCUGUGUCAAUAUCAAAGCUGUGAAAGAUUUACUGGAGCAGCUACAGCAUAUAUAUAAUGAGUUAAUAGACAAAAACGAACUUGCUAUCAUAAACAAAUAUAGAUGCAGUGCCAGACGUUUUACCGCUGUACUUACAAUAUAUGUUUUUUGCAGCGUAUGUGCUCUUAUCCUGUGCUCAUGUUUGCUCUUAUCUGAGUUUUGGUCGAAACUCCUGGAUAUUAUAUUACCAAUGAACGUAUCUCGAUCGCAUAGCUUACCGAUUACAAUGGAAUACUUCAUCAAUCAAGAAACAUAUUUCUAUUGGAUUCUGUUACAUAUUAAUGUAUCGUACUGUAUCGGUGCAACUGCAAUGGUAGGAAUAGGAACAACGCUUAUUGCGUAUCUCCAAUAUACGUGUAGUAUGUUUAGAAUUUCCAGUCAUCGUAUUAAACGUGCAAUAUCUAUCAAUACAUUAGGAAAUAUUCAACCAAAAAAAAUAAAUUUAUUACUUAAAGGAAUAAUUAGUGCCGUAAAUAUCCAUCGGCAAGCUAUGAAAUUAUCCAAACUUUUGGUAUCCAAAAUUGAGAAAAUGUUGUUCUGUUUAAUAAUAGUCGGAGUGGUCUCUUUGAGUCUUAAUCUCUUUCGUAUUUUUCACAUCGCAUCAUACGGAGAUGAUGUCAAGGAAAUUUUACUUCCCUUUAUAUUUGUAACUGUUUGUAUCAUAUACAUGUUUGUAGCCAAUUAUGUUGGGCAGGAUAUAACAGAUCACAAUAAUGACUUCUUUGCUACCGUGUAUGACGUUCAGUGGCAUAAAGCUCCGUUACAUGUACAAAAACUGAUACUAUUUCUGCUGCAAAAAAGGGCUAAAGAUUUUACUGUAGGUGUCAGUGGACUAUUUGUUGGAUCGUUGGAAUGUUUCGCUACGCUAGUGAAAGCCUCGGUUUCUUAUUUUACUGUUAUAUAUUCAACGCAAUAAUAAGGUAAGAAGAAAAAUAA